GCCACACUCCAGGGGACAAAGAGCCACAUGCAGCUCAUGAGCCACAGUUUGCUGACCACAUGCCAGAGCCCACACAAGUGUUUCCCUCCUUUUCCAAUGAGUCAUCAGCACAACGCCUUGGGCUCACCCUGCCUCAGUCACCUGAGGAGGCAGCAAGUCUCUCCAAUUCAUUGUGGCAGCCUCAUCUCACUCAACCUCUGCCUCCAGAUGCUCAUAAUGGGUGCAGGAGCAUUGCAAGUCCAGGGGCCCCAUAAACCCAUGGUGGCCAUGUUGGGUGGUGAAGCUAAGCUGCCCUGCUUCCUGUUGCCUCCUCAAAAUGUUAAAAAUAUGAAAAUCAGCUGGACCAGAUCCCUACCCUCCCAGGUGGUGCACCUGUAUGAGGAUGGGAGGGACAAGCCUGAGGAAGCCAUGAAGGAGUAUUUUAAGAGGACAAAGCUUGUGGAAAGUGUCAUGCAUAAGGGGAUCGUGGUCCUGAGAAUCCUCACUGUUCAACCCUCUGACAAUGGACAAUAUCGCUGUGUGAUCCAAAAUGGCUCCUUCUACAGUGAUACAAUGAUUGAGCUUAAAGUGGCAGCUCUCGGCUCACAUCCUCAGUUACUUGUGGAAGUCACUAAGUCCGGACAACUCCGAUUAGAGUGCAAGUCAGAGGGCUGGUUCCCUCAGCCAAAGGUCCAGUGGAUGGACUCUGAAACUUAG